AUGCAAGCGAUUAAGGAACUAUCCCUCACAACUGGCACAGUCAUAAUGGACGUCGUGCUUCCCACCACAAAAAUCAUGGCUCCCUCCCUCCUAAAGAAUAAAGUCUCUAUCCUCUCCGUCCCCCGCAGCACUCACACAUAUGGUUCCCACCCACGCCAAACCCUCGAUCUCUACCCCUCUAGCAACACUUCCAAUUCCUCCCCCAUACUAAUUUACCUCUACGGCGGUGGUCUCAUCCGCGGCGACAAAACCCUUGAUAUACCAUUCCUCGAGAACCUCGUAUAUCACAAUCUAGGCGCUUUUUUCUCCAAACGAGGCAUCACAACCAUUAUUCCAGACUAUCGACGGGUGGACAGCGAAAUCGGUGGGGAAGGGGCCAUCUACCCCAGCGGAGCGGAAGAUAUAUCCACCGUCCUCCAAUGGCUCUCCAAAACCGAUCUACUUGAUGGCAAAGGAAAUAAAAGAGAUGUGUACCUUAUGGGUAAUUCAGCAGGAGGCCUUCACAUCGCCACGUAUCUUCUCGAACCUCGGUUUCUAGAGGAGAGAAAAUCGUGGCAGGGAGGAUCUAAUGUGACAUUGAAAGGAGUCGUUAAAGUCGGAGCUCCGUAUAAUUUCGAUGGAUCGCGGGCUGACCGAAAAGAUAUGUUAGAUCGGUAUUAUGGGAGUGAUGAAAACAUCCAAACGAAGAGUCCCUGUGGCUUGUUGAAAGCAGUAGGAGAAAGUAAGAAGUCAAGAGAGGAAUUGGGAAUUCCGAAAUUACUGGUUAUGAAUUCGGAGUGGGACCCUGUGGAUGAGAUUCUGAAGUCCAACGAUGAUUUUGUGAAGCUAGGGGAGGAGGUUUGGGGAGAGAAGAUUGAGGUUAUCAAGAUUCAAGGCCAUAAUCAUAUUAGUCCGCCAAUGGCUUUAAGUAGUGGAGAAGGAGAAGAAUGGGGCGAGCAGGUGGCAAGAUGGAUCAGAGGCAAUGCUUAA